GGUGUCCUCUGGCAAUCUGCAAACGAACAUGAUCGUAUUGAUUCACGAAAUUAAUGGAAGACCCAUGUUGGGUCGGCCUCACGUUGCAUCCACUCGUGCAAAAGCGACACGUGUCGCGCGACCUGCGUGCACGGCGACACCGAGACUCGUUCUUCUCGUUUUUUCACCGGCUUCGGCCUUCCUUUCACCUUUUUCGGCGCUCGUUCCGGCGGUGAAAAACCACAUAAGAAGACGAACAUCGGACGGUCAAAAAAGGGAAAGAAGCGAAAAAAUAACUCUUGGCUCGUUUUGAAGCUCCAGCUUCGAGUCGACAGAGCGAAAAGAUGGCGGAGAACAGCAUGACGAGCAACGCGCGGUUGCUGGGAGAAGAAGACGAUGGCAUUGAGGAAACAGACGUGGAAGGAUGCGGCGGUGGUGGGAUGAGGACGGAGAGGCCAAAGGAGCCAUGGAAGGGGGAGAUCGUGAAGAGCAUCGUGUACGCCGGUCUCGACGCCAUCGUCACUUGCUUCUCUCUCAUCUCCUCCAUCUCCGCCGGCCGCCUUUCCUCCGGGGAUGUGCUGGUGUUGGGUUUUGCCAACCUGGUUGCAGAUGGGAUAUCGAUGGGAUGUGGCGAUUACGUAUCAGCCAGCACCGAGCAGGACGUCACGGCCAAGGAGAGAGCUGUGACCGAGUGGGAUGUCACAAACAGAAGCCAGCCUGAGAAGGUGGAGCUCCUCCGCAAGUAUCAAAGGCUCGGCAUGUCUGCUGAGGAUGCCGCGACGGUCGUGAAUAUAUUCUCGAAAUACAAGGACAUACUGGUGGACGAGAAGAUGAUGGCUCAAAAGGGGAUGCUUCCGCCUGAUAAAGAAGAGAAGCCAUGGAAGAAUGGGCUCGUGACCUUCGUCUCCUUCAUUGUGUUCGGAAGUGCGCCUCUCCUCUCGUUCAUCAUCCUCAUACCAUUCACCAACAGCAACACCAUCAAGUUCAUAGGGGCUUGCAUGCUUUCUGGUCUCGCACUCGUUCUCCUGGGAAUAGCCAAGGCCAAGAUUGCCGGUCAAAACUACGCCCUGUCUGCCUUUGCUACCGUCUUAAUCGGUGCUACAGCUGCCGCAGCUGCUUAUGCCCUCGGUUGGACGCUACGAAACAUUGCCGGCUUAGACGAAUGACGAAGAUGUAUUUGAGUAGAGGGCAGAAGCAAGGGUAGGACUUUUUGGCAGGUCGUAUUAGAGUGAUGAGGAUAACAGGGUAAGGAUGUUAUUGCUUUUUGAUGUUUGAAAAUGGGAAGACUAUAAUCUCAAUAUGACCCAACUUCCUCUUUAAA